UCAGACAUGAUUUCACCCGCAAGAAUGAUGCUUUGAGAACGAGCAGAUGGCUGUUUGUGUCAGCGAGGGCUAAUUUCUCCAAUCACAAGCUCAUCCCCUCCUCUUUGCACAAAGCUGUUUCAGUGGAGUCAGGAUGAUUUUUCCUCAAAGGAAGCGGAAUGUGUUCCUGGUGAUGAUCCUGGUUGGUGGUGUGUCAUUCAUUGUCGCUGUGGUCCAUUACAUCCACCAGGCUCCCUAUCACAUUAUACUCUCACAGCUGGCUAGCAGACCGGGCGCUGACAGCCUGAGCCAUUUCUUCAGUGCGUUUGGUCAGAGUAACAAGGUGCUCCAAGGCUAUGUCAGCAUCCCCGAGCAGCAGCCCCUGGUCCUCACCUGUCAACAGUGCAGCAUCGUCUCCAGUUCUGGGCAGAUGCUGGGCAUGAAGCUUGGCGCUGAGAUUGACCAGUCGGAAUGCAUAUGGAGGAUGAACAAUGCUCCAACUGUAGGCUUCGAGACCGACGUAGGCAGCAGGACCACAGUGAGGGUGGUCUCCCACACCAGCACCCCACUACUUCUCCGGCAAGGGGCUUUCCUCUCCGGCCUCAACAGCUCCUUCCACGUCUUCUGGGGCCCGCAGCGCAACAUGAGACGGGACGGCAAGGGAAUCGUCUACAACAUGCUCAGGACCGUCCGCAAUCGCUUCCCAGAUGCCAAAAUUUACACCCUGACAGAAGAAAAGAUGAGAUUCUGCGAUGUCACUUUUAAAAGGGAGACUGGGAAAGACAGGGUGCUGUCUGGCUCUUACCUCAGUACCGGCUGGUUCACCUUCAUCCUGGCAAUGGAGGCCUGUGACACCAUUGACGUCUACGGAAUGAUCAAUGAUACGUACUGCAGGGCUGAAGGGCACAAGAACGUCCCAUACCAUUACUACGAGCCCAAUGGUCAGGAGGAGUGCACGGAGUAUUACAUGCAUGAAAAUGCCCGCUAUGGAGGGCACAGGUUCAUCACAGAGAAAGCGGUGUUUGCCAAGUGGGCCAAGGAGAGGAAGAUCAGGUUCUUCAAUCCCACCUGGCAAGUAUCCUGACCAAGGCUCCGUCAUUGAACUGCAUUCCUCGGAGAUCAGUGGCAAUGGUCAGGUGCUCACUUCACUAACUGAGCGCAGCGAAGUCAUCGUUUUGAGUGAACGCAGGCUAGUUUCUAUUUCUGUGCGCCGCCAAUAAAUGUUGCCCCACCCAGCUGUUGGUGUGAGGACCAAUUGUUGUUCUUCAUUUGCUUAUGGAGAAGUAAAGUGCAGUCAGGCUGAGGUCCCGCUGGUUUAUGCAAAAAGAGUUUGUCAGCACUGCCGUCCUUCAGUUGAGACACUUCCUCCAUCGCAUCACACUUUCUAAGUAUCUUGUUGGCUGGGAGUCACUUUGGAACCUCGAAAGGGAUGUGGGAAUGCUCAAGGAAGGCAAGUUUGUCUUCCUUUGAAGGCUGGGGGGGGAAUCAUUGGUGAAGACCUCCAUCCCAGAGAAGGGAAGGCGAGGAAAACUGACGGCAGUCUCGUGUUCGCGCAGUGAUUUGUGGAAAUGGUAUUCUAAUACUACUCACUACCGAACUCGUAACAAACACAACCUGUAUUCUAGCAUCCGUUUAUUCAGUUUCUCUGAUUGAUGUUCACUAACUUUCAAUGACAAGUCCUAUUUUGUGAAUGCCCUGGAUACGAUUCCCGUGCUAACCUGGUUCAUCUGCUGUCUGAAGAGGUUGUAUGCUAUUUUUUGCUGGGCAUAUCCACACGUCAGCAGCAGGUGCCUGUACUAUGCUCCCAGACAGCACAGAAGUAGGUCCUCCUGUCCACUACGUUCAGGUCUACCAUCACACCACUUUGAUGAGCACUUUCACUUUGUCUGGUGGCCAGCCAUUUAAUUCCAAUCCCCAUUUCCUUUUCAACAUGUCAAUCCAUGGCCUCCUCUACCGCUACGAUGAGGACACUGUCAGGUUGGAUGAGCAACACCUCAUAUUCCGACUGAGUGGCCUCCAGCCUGAUGGUGUGAACAUCGAUUUCUCUAACUUCAGUAACUUGUUCUCUCUUCUUCUAUUCACCACUCUAGCUCCCCUCUUACCUCUUUUUCUCCUCACCUGCCCAUCAUCUCCACCUUGGCUCCAUCAACUUCCCUUUCUCCCAAGAUCCACUCACCUCUCCUAUCUGAAUCCUUCUUCUUUAACCCAUUAACUUUUCCACCUUUCACCUCCCAGCUUCUCACUUCCUCCACCCACCCUCACCUGUCUGCACUUAUCACUUUCUAGCUUGUA